AUGGCCUUCCCUUGUUCCAUUUCAUCCCUUUCUACACAAAAUGGAAUUCCAAAAAGGAAGCUGAUCACCACCCAAAUUCAUGUUUCCAGUACUACUGCUCCUCAUCCUCACAUGUCUUUUGCCUACAAAUACAAUGAAGCAGCCACCAUCCAAUCCCUCAACCUUGUCUCUGAACCCUCCCCUGACUAUAUGGAUGAUGGGCUUCGGAUUAAGCACGUAGAGAAGUGCAUGGAAACUAGGUUUACUUUCUACCAACUCGAAGAUCCAUUAGAGAGUAUGAUCAUGAUUGAUGCUCUGCAACGCCUGGGCAUCGAUUAUCACUUCGAACACGAUAUCAAAACCCUCCUAGACAAGCAUUCUGGAAGCCUUAGUUUAGCCUCUUCCCCUUUUCGAGACCAAAAUUUGCAUGACGUUGCACUUCACUUCCGAUUGUUGAGGCAAGCUGGUUAUUGGAUUCCUACAGAUGUGUUUAGAAGCUUUAAGGAUAAGAAGGGACACUUCAAAGUAGAACUAAGUGAAGACAUAAGAGGAAUGAUGAGCUUAUAUGAAGCUUCGUACCUCGGACUAAUGGAAGAAGAGAUUCUCAAUGAAGCUCAUGACUAUGCUAGCAUGCACCUUAAUGCUUCUUUGAUGAAUCUCCAACCGCAAUUAGCUACAGCCGUAAAAGAUACCCUAGAGAAUCCAUAUCACAUGAGCUUGGCUAAAUUCCAAAGCAAACGUUUUCUCAAAAGUUUUCAUGGCACAUAUGGAUGGAUGGGUCUCUUACAACAACUUUGGAAGAUGGAUUUUAAUAUCGUCCAAUCCAUUCAUCGACAUGAGCUCCUUCAGGUUUUUGAGUGGUGGAGAAAAUUGGGUUUAUCACAAGAGCUAAAAUUUGCUAGAAACCAACCUCUAAAAUGGUACAUGUGGCCUAUGAUGGUCCUCCCGGAUCCAAAGUUCUCAGAUGUUAGAAUCGAUAUGACAAAAAUCAUCUCACUUGUUUACGUGAUAGAUGACAUUUUUGACGUUCGAGGGACAUUGGAUGAACUUGUUCUCUUCACCGAGGCCAUCAACAGAUGGGAACCUACUGAGAUCGAGCGAUUACCAAACUACAUGAAAAUCUGUUUCAGGGUUCUUGACGAAAUCACUAGUGAAAUUUCUGAUAAGGUCCUCAGAGAACAUGGUUGGAACCCCAUAAACUCACUGAGGAAGGCGUGGGGUAGUCUCUGUGAUGCGUUUCUGGUGGAAGCAAAAUGGUUUGCUUCAAAGCAGCAAGUGCCCAAGGCGAAGGAAUACCUGGAGAAUGGGGUGGUGAGCUCAGGAGUGCAUGUGGCAUUACUUCAUGGUUUCUUUCUCUUGGGUGAAGGUAUAACUAAGGAGACUGUAGAUUGUAUGGAAAAGAGUCCAGGGCCAGCUCUUAUGUCUUGCCCUGCCACAAUUCUUCGUCUAUGGGAUGACUUGGGAAGUGCAAAGAAUGAGAAGCAAGAUGGACAUGAUGGGUCAUAUUUGGAGUGUUAUUUGAAGGAACAUAAGGGUUAUUCAACUGAGAGUGCAAGAGCAAAUGUUUUCCGUUUGAUUUCAGAUGCAUGGAAGCAACUCAAUGAGGAAACCCUAUCAUGGAACUCUUUAGCACCCUCUCUUACGAGGGUCUCGCUUAAUUCUGCAAGGAUGGUCAGUGUGAUGUAUGGUUAUGAUGACAAUCAACGUCUUCCAGCUCUUGAAGAGUGUAUCAAGUCAUUGCUCCAUGAGAGUAUUCCUUUGUAG